CACACAAGGAGGAAAUUGAGUUGUUCGCAUCGCAGUUGCUUGUUAGUGUUUCUCAUCUUCUUUUGUCAUGGUUUGACGAAGCAAGUUGUUUUCGGGAACAAGCUACUAUCAUGGGGAAGAAAGAUAGGGGAGAUCGGGAGAGGAAGUCUUCGAAGAAGCGUGUGUAUGAUGAAGAGGAGGAUGAGGAGGAGGCGAUGGGCAGUGAGUCCCAGGAGGCCAUCCCUGCAGCGGCCGGUAAAACAGUGGAUGAGUUGGCCAUCAAGCUGGACGAGUACGGAGCUAAAGACUACCGGCUUCAGAUGUCGCUGAAGAACGACCACGGAUCACGACCUCUCUGGGUGGCGCCAGAUGGACACAUCUUCCUGGAAGCCUUCUCACCGGUGUAUAAGUACGCCCAGGACUUCCUGAUAGCCAUAGCAGAGCCAGUGUGUCGUCCGGUUCACGUUCACGAGUACAAGCUGACAGCCUACUCCCUCUACGCUGCUGUGAGCGUCGGUCUACAGACCUCAGACAUAGUGGAGUAUCUCCAGAAACUCAGCAAGACGUCUGUACCGGACGGCAUCGUGCAGUUCAUCAAGCUCUGCACUGUGAGCUACGGCAAGGUGAAGCUGGUGUUGAAACACAACCGGUACUUUGUGGAGAGUGCGUUCCCCGAGGUGAUCCAGCGUCUUCUUCAGGACAGUGUGAUCAGAGACUGUCGUCUCCGUACCGCGGAGGGAACCGACACCGAGCUCAUCACCGAGGUCGUACACAGCAAGUCAGCGAUCUCUAAGUCCCUCCUGGACAACGGAGCAGGGGCCUCUACGUCAGCAGCGGCCCCUGAGGGCCAGACGCCAGGAGCCGCCCACGUACCAGAGGACAUAUUCAGCUACUAUGAACAGAUGGACAAGGAGGAAGAGGAAGAGGAGGAGACGCAGACCGUGUCCUUCGAGAUCCGACAGGAGAUGAUCGAAGAGCUGCAGAAGAGGUGCAUUAACAUGGAGUAUCCUCUACUGGCCGAGUACGACUUCCGCAACGACACGGUGAACCCUGACAUCAACAUGGACCUGAAGGCCACAGCCGUACUCAGGCCUUACCAGGAGAAGAGCCUCCGCAAGAUGUUUGGUAACGGCCGAGCCCGCUCAGGAGUCAUCGUACUACCUUGUGGUGCGGGGAAGUCUCUAGUAGGGGUAACGGCAGCCUGUACGGUCCGUAAGCGCUGUCUGGUUCUGGGUAACAGCUCUGUGUCAGUAGAACAGUGGAAGGCUCAGUUUAAGAUGUGGUCGACCAUCGAUGACUCUCAGAUCUGCCGCUUUACCUCAGAUGCCAAGGACAAGCCGAUUGGCUGCUCGGUGGCCAUCAGUACAUACAGCAUGUUGGGACACACCACCAAGAGGUCUUGGGAGGCAGAGAGAGUGAUGGAGUGGAUGAGGUCCCAGGAGUGGGGUCUCAUCAUCCUGGACGAGGUCCACACCAUCCCUGCCAAGAUGUUCCGUCGGGUUCUGACCAUUGUCCAGGCCCACUGUAAACUGGGUCUGACCGCCACACUGGUCCGCGAGGACGACAAGAUCGUCGAUCUCAACUUCCUGAUUGGGCCCAAGCUGUUCGAAGCAAACUGGAUGGAGCUUCAGAACAACGGAUACAUCGCGAAGGUCCAGUGUGCCGAGGUGUGGUGUCCGAUGUCUCCGGAGUUCUACCGGGAAUACGUGGCCAUCAAGACGAAGAGACGUAUCCUCCUCUACACCAUGAACCCCAACAAGUUCAGAGCCUGUCAGUUCCUCAUCAAGUUCCACGAGAGACGUAACGACAAGAUCAUGGUGUUCGCUGACAACGUCUUCGCUCUGAAGGAGUACGCUAUCCGCCUCAACAAGCCCUAUAUCUAUGGCCCCACCUCUCAGGGAGAGAGGAUGCAGAUUCUGCAGAACUUUAAACACAACCCCAAGAUCAACACCAUCUUCAUCUCCAAGGUGGGUGACACAUCCUUCGACCUGCCGGAGGCUAAUGUCCUGAUCCAGAUCUCGUCUCACGGGGGUUCUCGCAGACAGGAGGCUCAGAGGCUGGGCAGGGUGCUGCGAGCCAAGAAAGGUAUGGUUGCGGAGGAGUAUAAUGCCUACUUCUACUCGUUGGUGUCUCAGGAUACUCAGGAGAUGGCUUACAGCACCAAGAGACAGAGGUUCCUCGUGGACCAGGGAUACAGCUUCAAGGUCAUCACUAAAAUGGCGGGGAUGGAGGAGGAUAAUCUGAUGUUCUCCUCCAAGGAGGAACAGUAUCAGCUGCUCCAGAAGGUUCUGGCUGCUACAGACCUCGACGCAGAGGAGGAGGUGGUCAUCGGAGAGAAUGGACGGCCAAUGUUCCAGCGGAGGCCAGGUACCAUGAGCUCCAUGUCUGGGGCUGAUGACUCCGUCUACAUGGAGUAUCGCUCUCGAGGCGGCAGGGCCCACCUGGGUAACAACAUCCACCCGCUCUUCAAACGCUUCCGGAAGGGCACAUAGCCCUCCAGUCUAAUCUGCUGCACCAUAUAGAGGGAAUAAGGUGUUAUUGUGUGAUGCUGCCUGGGUGUUUGGGAGGGAUUCCCAGACCGAGGCCAGGCGAGACGUAGCCCCUGUAGUCUCUGGGAGGACGUACUCGUUCCCUGUGUGUUUCAGAGAGGACACAGUUCCACAUCACCACCUCAGUCAGUUCUAGGGGCUUUCAGUGAUCCAGAGAGGGAUACGAAAUGUUUUAUUCUUUCUCCUCCGUGUUUCAUUCAUCAUGUGUUUUUUUUGUCAUGACAGUUUGUUUCCAUGUAAUGCGUUUAAAUAAAACUGGAUUUUUUGGGGA